CCAAGACAAAAAAAAUACAACUUUAUUUAAUUUAAUUGAGUUCAUUUCAUUUCUUCUUCACAAAAAUUUAAUUAAAUUGAUUUGAUUUUGAUACACCUUCCUUCCUUUGUGCGAUGAAGGAAUUCCAAUCCGAUUUAUCUUCUGCGCUUCGUCUCAACAUCGGAGGAAAGAAAUUUUGGACAACGAUCGAUACAGUUACACAGCGUGAACCAGAUUCAAUGCUCGCUGCUAUGUUCAGUGGUCGCCAUACUCUCUCUCAAGAUCCCAAUAACGGGUAUGUUUUUGUCGAUAGGGACGGUAAACACUUCAGACACAUUCUCAAUUGGUUAAGGGACGGCGUGGUGCCCACUCUCGAGGAAGCUGAAUAUACAGAGCUGUUAAGGGAAGCUGAGUACUAUCAGCUACUUGGGCUUAUAGAUGGAAUCCAAGAUGUCCUUAAUAAGAGGAAGGAAGAAGAGGAGCUCCGUACAGAAUUGACACGUACUGAUAUCAUCAAAUGUAUACAAUCUGAGAGAGUCAGGUUUCGAGGGGUUAAUCUUUCUGGCAUCGACCUCUCUAAACUGGAUUUAUCAUUUGUGGAUUUCAGCUAUGCUUGUCUUAAAAAUGUGUUCUUUUCACGAGCAAAUCUUCAAUGUGCAAAGUUCCGGGAUGUUGAUGCUGAGGGUGCCAUAUUUCAUAAUGCAACUUUGCGUGAAUGUGAAUUUACUGGGGCAAAUCUUCGUGGUGCUUUAUUGGCUGGGACAAAUCUUCAAAGUGCAAAUCUACAAGAUGCUUGUUUAGUUGGUUGUAGCUUCUGUGGAGCAGACCUGCGAUCUGCACAUCUACAGAAUGCGGAUCUUACUAAUGCCAAUCUGGAGGGAGCUAAUCUGGAAGGAGCUAAUUUAAAGGGUGCAAAGCUGAACAGUGCCAAGUUGAAGAAUGCUAACCUUCAACGAGCUUAUCUGCGUCACGUCAAUCUUCGAGAUACAGACUUGGAAGGAGCAAAGCUUGAUGGUGCCAAUUUGCUCGGAGCAAUCAGAUAAUAUUUGGACUGAAGAGUUAAGAUAAUAAAUAAUAUUGACAAGUGGGGAUGUGGUUAAAGAAUGUCAAGAUGAGUUAACUUGAGAAGUUGAAUCGUGUUUCAACGAUACUUAACAUUGCUGCUUAUGAAGUGGUGCAACCGGGUGUUGAUUGAUGUUAUGGUAAUGCCUGUUGACGAUUUUCUAUAACAUGUUGUCUUUGUAAGGAGGAAGCCAUUUAGGCUUUUCUUGUUCAUUGGUUUGUUGAUUUGUAUGUAUCUGGUGAAAGAAAAUCGCAAUAUUACUAUUUAUUUUAAUUUGUGAACCAUCUUGUGUAUAGUACUGUUUCUGAUGACAAUUAUGCAUGAUUUGUGUUAAAAACCUCUUAAUUGUGAUGUGAAUAUUUUUCCUUUCA